CGGACCUCUGUUUCGGCGGUGGCAGACAGACGCAGCAGUCAGGCGCCGCGCUCCUCUGCUCGACCCGCCGGCUCUCCACUGCCUGCCGCCCAGCCAGGCCUGACCCGAAGCCCAGGCUACCACGGUGAUGGAGGGGGUCAGCAAAGGCAGCAAGUUGGUCAAGGAAGGAGGAGAUGGCCGGCAAGAGGGAGAGGGCAUCGUGGUCAAGAAGCAGAAUGUCGCCAUGGGGAUGGACGUCCUGGACUGCCCGGGCUGCUCCACGCCCCUCAGGCCUCCCAUCUUCCAGUGCUCAAUGGGGCACUUCGUCUGCUCGUCCUGCCGCGACAAGCUCCCGAAGAAGGCAUGCAGCGUGUGCUCCUGGGCCAUCUUGAACCGCUGCCAUGGCAUGGAGCGUGUGGUCGACUCCAUCGUCGUGCCGUGCACCUACGCCGAUCACGGGUGCGCUGAAAUGAUCUCCUACCAUCAGAAGAGGGAGCACGAGGAGGCAUGCCCGCGCGCACCGUGCUUCUGCCCGGAGAAAGGCUGCGGCUUUGCAGGCACGACGGAGGCGCUCCUCGACCACUUCGUUGGCACACACGACUGGCCGAUGACAAGGUUUCAGUACUACAUGCCAUUCGACAUCCAAGUCAAGGCCGGCGUGCACGUCCUGCGUGGCAGCAAAGAUGGGCACCUCUUCCUGCUCCGCAUGGUGUGGCUGGACUCUCCACUGCACGGGGUCUCGCUGGUCCGCGUCGAGCCGCACGCGUGCGAAUCCAAGUCUUGGUGCUCUGUCGGCUUCUCGUGGUUCAAGGGCCAUUACCAGAUCUCGAUGUUGGAUGAGAUCAGAAGCACGUCAUUGUCUGAUGGGCUGCCGACAGACUACUUCCUCACUGUUCCUGAGGCGUGUCGUGGAGGUGGUGCCCGUGUCGUGAUGCGGGUAACCAUCGAUACGAAGGGGGUGUAUGGCGACGGGGAUGAGCCGGAGGAGGAUAACGAGGAUGAGAGCUACAGCGAGGAGGAGGAUGAUGACAAUGACAGCGAUGACGAUGAGGAGGAUGGUGAUGACGACCAUGACGAGGAGGAGGGGGAGGAGGAGGGCGAUAAUGACAACGAGGAUGAGGACGGCGAGGAGGAGGAGGGCGAUGAGGAUGAGGAGGAGGAGGAGGAGGAGGAGGAGGAGGGCGAUGAUGAUGACGACGACAAGGACAGUUGGGAGAAGGUGAGCAAUGACAAUGACGAUUGAUGCAUUUGUCUCACGCAUCGACGGUAUCAUCUCCUGUCCAUGUUUAUAUGAUGGAUGUGCAAGAUUUUUCUGGAAUUUGGGCUGUUUGGUGCCUCAUGAUAUUGAGUUGCACUGUUGUCAGUGUUGUUGAUACUCCAGAGAGAUUAUGCCGUCUCAAACUUGCAUUGGAUUUUGGUCCUGGUUUA